AUGAGCGCACGGCUGAAGAAGACUGUCUUGAUAACACAGGAAGAUUUUUACGAUGAUGCCACUGCAAAGGAAGAACAAGCAGAGAGAUGGGCUCUGUCGGACAUCAAAAAAAUUAUUCGCCAGUAUCUGUCAGCAUUCAGCUCCUACGAGCAAGGCCUAAACGCACCAGAAAGUACAAUUUCAGGAAGCUAUAACAUAUACUAUAAUCAAACAAGGCUAUUGCUGAAGGUGCAUACGGACUUUAUUGCUAAUGAGGGACACAUCAAUAUUCUGCAAUACGUGAACCUCACAGACUUGGGUGACUUGAAAGUGCUAUUUAGACCUUUGUCAUCUAUUACAGAGCGCUUCGAGUUUGCAAUCGCCAAGUUUGGGGACGUGUGUUCCUGGGACCUUUACUUCAAUCUUUUAACUUGUUACCAUAGCCAAUUGGAGGACUUCACCUCCCUCCCUGGCCACAUCAUCAUAGAUCUUUUUCAAAAAUUUCAAGAACUAAGUUUACGGCUCGUUCACAUCCAUUUUGAAGAGUUGGAAUCUUGGAGCAGCGCGGCUGCCCACGAAGGAGAAGAUCAAGAGCCCGCCGAUUCUAAGGAUACCUCAGGGCAACCUCCCAAUUCAAGUGGCACCGUUGUGGAUGGCGAAUCCGGGUUUAUGGAAAUGCAGGAUGAAAUAACACCCAAAACAUUUAUUGACACGCUUGCUGUUUGCUACGGCUGCAUCGCAACUCUGGUAGAGCUAUUGAUAGAGACGCACAGUGGGUCCCUUGACGCAGUAAGUAUUGUUCAAGCCAACUUCUUAGAGGAAGCAGUCGAUAAUUUCAAGAUUCAGCUUGACAGGCACCUGAACGUGGUCUCCAGUGCGAGUUUCGGUGAGAGAUCCAGUGCAGUACCUCCCGACACAGAAGAGCUAGAACUUGCAAUUUGGACCAUUGAUGGCCUACGUGCUGUCUCUAUGGGUGGGUUUGCUGGACUGAAGACUUUUUUGGCGCCCAUUUCCGAGGAAACUGCAGAUCUGUGCAUGAACAAAUAUUUAAUUGCCGUGGAUCUUCUCCAGCUUGUCGUGCAACAAACUAAUGGCUCGGAAUUCCCUCAAGUAUGGGCUGUGCGUACCGAGAUAGGGCGUAUUUUGAGUGCCGUGGAGACAGCCCUCGCUCAAAAACGUCAAAAUAUCGUAUCGGGCCGUUUAAAAGAAAUGGACAAUGAACUGAGUCCCACCGUAUUCAAACUGUGUGACAUUAUGGUGAGUCGCUCGGACAACGAACUCCAUCGCUACAUUAUGAAAUCUGCCGCAACUGCAACUGAUUCUACCGCUGCGAAGACCUCCGACAUAUUGCUGAAAAACGCAAAAGUGUUGCUGAAAAACGCCGCUACCAUCUCCCAACAACCGUGCGGGUUCCGGGAAUAUAUAUCAGACAAACUGAAACGAAAUUUUAUCUACAGGCAAGCCGCAGAUCGACUCGAUUAUAUCGAAAACAAGAGCCCAGCAAAGGAAGCGAUCCUUGAGAUAUGUCAAGACCACCCAUAUUAUGCUCAGCUGCGGGCAAAAGAAAAAUAA